UCUUACACUGAAACAAUGAGUGGAAGAGGAAAAGGAGGAAAGGGACUCGGUAAAGGAGGCGCUAAGCGUCACCGUAAAGUCCUCCGUGAUAACAUCCAGGGGAUCACCAAGCCCGCAAUCCGCCGUCUGGCUCGCCGUGGCGGAGUGAAGCGCAUCUCCGGUCUGAUCUACGAGGAGACCCGUGGGGUCCUCAAGGUGUUCCUGGAGAACGUGAUCCGUGACGCAGUCACCUACACCGAGCACGCCAAGAGGAAGACUGUGACCGCCAUGGAUGUGGUCUACGCCCUGAAGAGGCAGGGCAGGACUCUGUACGGGUUCGGGGGUUAAACUCUUCAAAGUCCACGACAACAACAACAAAGGUCCUUUUAAGGGCCACACACUGAAUCAAUACAGAGAGAAAUGUUCCUCCAGUGUGUGAUUAACACGCAUCUAUCUUAACUGAUCAUGUUUAAUAUUUCAAGAAAAGUUCAGUGACUUUAUUCUG